AAACAAGCACACCGCAACCCCACUAGACAUUCACUCGGGUGCCGCACUAGCCUUUCCGCCUCCGUCGCAUAUCUUGUAUACAGCAUCCACACAUCAUCGCUUAGUCGACAAAGCCUCGUGUCACCGGCGACGAAGCUCCGCACCACCUCCGCAAUGGCGAGCGCGCGUCGGACCUCCAACUUCCCCACACGCGUCCCCGGAAGCCACGACCGCCCGGGGAGCAGAGACACGGACAAGGAGGAGAUAUGGAAGCCUAUGCUGGAUAACAUUUCGAGUGGGAAGCGACUGCCAGAAAAGAGUCUACUCGUGCUGGGCGGAACUCCAGAAACACAGCGAGAGUUCCUCGAGUCGGUGUCCACAGACUCUGCAAACAACCGAAGACCGCCAGACCGAGGCAGGAAGCCGCCAAUUGCGAACCAAUUCGCCCUGGGCUACACGUACCAGGAUGUGCUGGAUACGGAUCACGAGGAUACACUUGCUCGUCUUUCGCUCUACCUGCUUGCUAACCCCUCGCCCUCAUUCACCCCCCUUAUCAAGCCCUACCUCAACCCACGAACCCUCCCGCACAUGCUUAUCGUCAUACUCCUAGACUGGAAUCACCCAUGGCUGUGGAUACGGCAACUUCGCGACUGGAUCAGAGUGCUGCGAUCACUCAUCGUCUCCCUCGACGAUAACUCAAAGGUCGUCUUGGAAGAGAACAUCCAAACACUGCAAGACAAGGGACGCAAUUUGCCAGCUGAAGGCAGCAGCAUGGAGAACGUAAAGAUACCACUUGGGCCCGGAGAAUGGGAUGAGCCACUCGGCAUACCGUUAUGCGUAGUAUGUCAAAAUGCUGACAAGAUCGAGACUCUUGAAAAGGAGAGGGGCUGGAAAGAGGAGGAGUUCGACUUCAUACUACAGUACAUGCGCACUAUCCUUCUCAAGCACGGCUCAAGCUUGAUUUACACCAUGCCUACGGCACCGGGGUCGUUGCAAACACUUAUCCACUCCACCCUGGGCAUCAAGUCUCUGCUCAAACAAGAGCAGCUCAGGCACAACGUAACGGACCGUGACCGAGUAUUGGUCCCACCCAACUGGGAUUCAUGGGCCAAGAUUCGUAUUCUACGAGAAGGGUUUGAUGUUGAAGGCAUCAGCGAGAAAUGGAGUGUUGACAUUGAUAUACCUCAGCACAUGCGCCCAACCAACGGCCAGGUAUCUACACCUAUCGAAGGAGAAGCACAGCCCAACGGCGAAGACACACAGGUUGCGGAAGAAGAGGAGGAGGGCCCCUCAGCGACAUCAAUUUAUGAGGAAACGAUCCGCAACCCAGAGUCAGAUUACGCACUUUCCAGCUUAUCGAAACAAGCGGACGGGCUCGAGGUGUCUAGCAAGGAUCCACAGGCCUUCCUUGCUGACCAAGUCAACGUCCUUGAACAUCUACGGCGGGAAGAUGAAAACGAAGCUGCCAUCAAAGCUGCGCGCAAGGAACAAGACCCCUCGGCUUCUAGAGCGUGGACCGAAGAUGCAUCAGGAGUUGUCGAAGAGCAUAUCGGACCUGUACAGUUCAACAUGGGUGGUAUUCAAGUCAAUGCCGAUGAGAUGGUGAAGAGACUACAGGACCGGCAAGCCAACCGAUUAGAUGAGCCCGAGACACCACCCCCAAAGACACAGGAUACCAACAUCAACGACAACGAGAAGCUGAGGUCCUUCUUCUCAAGUUUGGUCAACAAGGCGCCUUCAAACAGUCCGAGAGGAUCAUAGAAUAGAUCUACUUUCAAAUGAGCGCUUUCCAACUAUUCUGCUACAUGUACUACACACAUGUUUAUUCGACUUUCCGAUAACAGAGGCUUUCUUACUGGUUCACGGUCGUCAUUAGCAUGGCUCUAUACCCACAGUGUAUUUCCGUACCCAAUACAAGCUUUUCAUUCAAUGUCUUCGCUUUAAGACUAUGCACUACACAGGUAUUGUCACUGAGUUUGUCGCCGUCAGUUUCGUCAUGCCGUGAUAGUGAAUGUUGUACAGCGUAUGACACAUUAGCUCGACAACUCGAUGUCUUCAUGGCUGAAGACACGCACGAGAUACUUCAAACCUCGAUUACAUGCC